AUGUCAAAGUUAUCGAACAGUCUGAAGUCGCUGAUUAACAGCCCCAGUGCUCGUCCGGGUACUGUGCCUGCUCCGCGCAACAUUCAAUCUGUCUUUCACAAGAUCCAACAAGAUGCCGAAUCUAACGAUGUCUCGCAGCCUUCCUGGGUGGCUCUAUCAACAGCAGCCACAAUGACCAUGAACUCCCCCGACUCCCUCGGCAUCCUCUUCAACCAAGCGACCUCGGCCUCCCAGUCCCCCGAAGAAAGCGUAGCAACUGCAGAACUCAUGCGCGAAGUUGGUCUCAAAUGCAUCAGCUUCAACGGUAUCCCGCGCACUAUCAAUUGCCUGAACGCCUUCAAAGCAGGCCUCCCCGAGUCUGUCGCUGCGAAGCUCUCGAAAACCUCCACCCGCACGCCCACGGUUGAGAAUAUUAACGAGAUCCGCGAGCGCGGACGAAACCUGUGGGAUUCGAUCUAUCGGCCAUUCGAGAACAAAUUGUAUGAGAAGCUUGCGGAUGCACAUCCGGAUUUGCCCGUGCAUAUUCUGAAUGGGAAUUAUGGGGCGCUGUUGUCCGAUCCUGCGGGGAGGUCCACGGGGGCGAAUGCGGGGAGGGUGUUGACUUCCAUUGUGGCUGUUGCUUGUUUGCGUGCGCAGACGGGUGUUGGGCCGCAGGUUACGUCGCAUGUGUUUGGGUUGCGGAAGGCACUUGAGGAUGGGACGUGGGAGAGUGAUGUUGAGGGUGAGAAGGGGGCUAAAUGGUUGGCUAGUGAUGAGGGUAAUACCUGGAUUUUGAACAGUGUCGACCGAAUCGUUGAGUCGAUUAGCCAGGGCGAGGGGACGAAUUUUGCGCCUGGCAGAACCUCCAAGCUGUAA